GGCUCUGCCCUUCAUUCAGGUGCUUUCUCAGUGAUGCCUCUUGCUCCUGGAUUAUAAAAGAACUGAAAGAAAGGAAAGACUGUUUGUAGGUUAUUCACAUUGCUGUUACUCUUACUAGGUGGGAAGCAGGCAGAUCAAUUGCAGCAUUCGGGGUCUGGGCAGCUCAGUUUACUAUCCAGGGACCCUUUGGACACUUUGAAAGCUAUCUGCGAGCAAUAGCCUUUUUUGGCACAGAGAUGGCCAGCGGAGGUCUGCAGCUGCUGGGGUUCGUGCUUGCUUCCAUAGGCUGGAUCGGCAUCAUCAUCAGUGCAGCCCUGCCCCAGUGGAAAAUGUCCUCUUAUGCUGGGGACAACAUUGUGACAGCUCAAGCUAUCUAUGAGGGACUCUGGAUGUCCUGUGUCAUGCAGAGCACGGGGCAGAUGCAGUGCAAGGUGUAUGACUCUCUGCUCAAACUGGAGGGCAGUCUGCAGGCUACCCGGGCACUGAUGGUGGCUGGCAUACUCCUGGGGCUCAUUGCCAUUUUUGUUGCUGUGACUGGCAUGAAAUGCAUGAAAUGCAUGGAGGAUGAUGAGGUGAAGAAGAUGAGGAUGGCUGUCUUUGGGGGCGUGAUCUUCCUUAUUGCAGGUUUUGACGUCUUGGUGGCCACAUCCUGGUAUGGACAUCGAGUGGCUCGGGACUUCUACAACCCUUUCACCCCCGUCAACACCAGAUUUGAAUUCGGACAGGCCCUCUUCAUUGGCUGGGCAGCUGCUUCUCUCACCAUUUUGGGAGGUGCCUUCCUCUGCUGCUCCUGUCCACGAAGAGAAAUUUCCUACCCACCCACCCGCGCCCACCCAAAGAGUGCUCCCUCAGCAGGAAAGGAUUAUGUAUAAUCGAGAUGGGGAGGAGCUACCUGUGUCAGCGACAAAGCUCAUUAAAGAGAAGAUGUGGAGACCAGAUCAGAGCGGAGUUUGGACCUUCUGCAUACUGCCUUCCUUUUAUUACAGCAAAUGUGUAUAUUUUUAUAAUCCUCUUCAUUACUGGACAUGAAUCUUCCUUUCUCUCCCAGCCCAAAGAGGAAGACUAGCCUUGUUCAUAGAUAUUCUCAUUGGAAAGGUGUAGCCUCCAAUCUUGUGUUAAUCUUGAUCCUGCAGCUCAUUGGGAGAAAAAGGGAAAGUGAUACUUUUUUCAGACAAAUAUUUGUGCUUUAUAUAAAAAAAAUCUCAAUUAGAUGGUAACAAUUCACCCCCUUUAUCCCAUUAAGCUGGAGUCCAGUGUGGUGUGUAUAUUUUUUUCUAUACAAAGUGAUAGAAAAAGUAGUAUUAGAAGAAAUCUCCCGGCCUAGGGAAAAGACCUGACCCAUAGUACCUGUUCUAAGAGGGUCUAAUAAAGUCUUAUGGUUUUGCUAUGGC